GGCCCGCGUUGAGAGGGCGCUUGGCAGCCAGCGGGUGGACGCGCCCCUCAGCGGAGGGCACAGAGCCUGGCCGCAGGCACGCAGGACACUCAGAGCGGAGCGAUGGGGACGUCGCGGGCCACAACACGGACUUUGCCUGGGUGUCAGCCCGGGUCCACAGCGCGGCCGCGGCGCACCUUCCGCCACACACUGCUCUUUUACUGGAGAAAGCGAGAGGGCCGCCACGGACGGCGCAACCCCGGCGUGCGCCGCAGAUCGAGGCCUGAGGGCGCCAGCAGGUUCCAGCCCUCCUGCUCCGUCCGGGCCCCUGUCCCCGGGCCCGGCCCCGCCCGGGCCAGCGCGGCGGCCUCUGGCUCCGCCUCCACACCGGCCCACGAGCCGGUCCCCGCGACUCCGCCCCCAGCCCCCGCUCGGGCCCGGCCCCCGCGAGCACGGCGCGCGCCUCCGGCUCCUAUGGCCGCGCGCUGGCCUGGAGGCUGACCUGGAGGCUCAUCUGGAGGCCGAGCUGACCCGGCAGGCCUUGCGCGGGCAACAUGGCGGCUCCCGGCGAGCGGGGCCGCUUCCAUGGCGGGAACCUCUUCUUCCUGCCGGGGGGCGCGCGCUCCGAGAUGAUGGACGACCUGGCGACCGACGCGCGGGGCCGGGGCGCGGGGCGGAGAGACGCGUCCGCCUCGGCCUCGACGCCAGCCCAGGCGCCGACCUCCGAUUCUGCGGUCGCCGAGGACGCCUCCCGGAGGCGGCCGUGUCGGGCCUGCGUGGACUUCAAGACGUGGAUGCGGACGCAGCAGAAGCGGGACACCAAGUUUAGGGAAGACUGCCCGCCUGAUCGCGAGGAACUGGGCCGCCACAGCUGGACUGUCCUCCACACCCUGGCCGCCUACUACCCCGACCUGCCCACCCCAGAACAGCAGCAAGACAUGGCCCAGUUCAUACAUUUAUUUUCUAAGUUUUACCCCUGUGAGGAGUGUGCUGAAGACCUAAGGAAAAGGCUGUGCAGGAACCAGCCAGACACCCGCACCCGGGCACGCUUCACGCAGUGGCUGUGCCACCUGCACAAUGAAGUGAACCACAAGCUGGGCAAGCCUGACUUCGACUGCUCAAAAGUGGAUGAGCGCUGGCGCGACGGCUGGAAGGAUGGCUCCUGUGACUAGAGGGUGGUCAGACAGAGCCCAUGGGACAGCUAGCCAGGCGUGGUUGGAUAGGGGCAGGGCACUCAUUAAAGUACAUCACAGCCAGAGCCUGUUGUGUCUCAGUUGGGUGGUCCCCAGGACACUGCCCAUGGGUACCUGCCCUGCCCCUUUUAGGUUUGGAGCUGAAGUGGAGCUGCCCACAGCAGGCACCCACUGGCCUCCUCCUCAGUGGAGGCCCCAAGGAGCUGCAGCUGAACUGCAGGUGAGGGAAGGAGGAGCAGCCUGGGCUGCCCCUUGACAUUCAGGAUGUGGCUUCCUGCCCACCGCAUACCCUGGCGCCUCACUCCUCACACGGGAAGACAGCGGGCCUGGCUGGGCGUCCCUGUGCCUGUCCCUGGCGGCCAGGCUAUUGACUUCCCACUAUGCAGCCAAGGAUGCCCCUGCCCCCCAUGGCUCUGUGCUGCUCACUUUAGGGGGCUCGAUUCUCCACUCUGCUCAGUCCCUACAGGGAACGCUCAGGCCAGGUCUUUCUGAGGGUCCACCAGCCAUCCUGUCCUCUCCCUGCCUGGCACAUGCCUGCCAGCGUUGUGUCAUGUCUGUCCACAGCGGAUUCGUGGGGCUCGCUUCCUCAGAGUCUGAAGCCCAAAUGAAACGUUGAAGUGACUGAGAACCUGGCUUCAGUGUAUUUUCUGCUGGGGCUGAAUAAAGCAGUGGAUGGGGCUUGUUCCAUCCGUCUGUGCUCAGCUGCA